AUGGUGGAAUACGACGAAAUAACGCUGUGCUUGCCUUCUUGCUCCACCGCAGCGCCGCCGUCAGUGGACGUGGAAUCCUGCACAGACCAGCAGAACAACAACAACAAUAACAACAAUAACAACAACAACAACAAUUGCAUGAUGCUGAGUGCAGAGCAGUGUAUCGUUCAUAUGUUUCACUCGCGAAAAUCCAUCAACAGUGCAGACACCACCACCACCACCAGCAGUGGCGCUAGGAGUAAGCUGAGUGGUGAUGCUGGCGGCGCCGACGAUGGAGAGAACAACAACAACAACUCCUCCUCCAAGGGCGGCAGUGGCCAGCAGCAGCAUUCGCGGCGGAAGCUGGCCGGAAAGGUGGCUCGGCGGAUGGCCGUAGGGCUCACAGUCACUUCUUUGGUGGCCAUUGCCUGGGUCGGCGCCACACACGCCAUCAAAUUUGCCUACGUUCGACAUCGUUGGCACCCUGCUGCCACCACCGCCGGGAACUUCACUGCCAGUGCUGCUACUUCAGCGUUUGGGGGCAUGGAUGCGUCCGACGACGUUGUGGAGGAGGCCAUUGUCGGGGACGAGGACGGCAGUGCUGGUGUGAUGACAAUGACGAGAACGCGGCUCCUCACGGCAGACGACUCAUCGUUGAUGGCGGUCGGGCGCUACGAUGCUCCGUUCCUCACGACGUGGUGGUGCACUGUGUGGACCGUGCUCUUCAUGCCCUUCUUCCUGCUCAUCCAGGUCGUGCUCAUCCGCGACGUGGGCACAGUUCGAGGACUGCUGGUUGAGGCUGCACAACAGUUCCACACUCGGGGUCUCAGUCCUCUCAAGUUCUGCGGACGGAUCCUGUUCUUCAGUGGACUCUGGGUCGGCACCAACUACAUGUACAUGCUGUCGCUGCGGAUCCUGGACUCGACGACGGUCAUGUCCCUGUACGCGUCCAGCGUGGGCUUUGUCUACCUCCUUUCCUGGGUCAUCCUGCACGACCAGUUUGUGGGCGUAAGGAUCGUGGCCGUCAUCCUGUGCAACACGGGCAUCGCACUCCUCGCCUACAUGGACGGCAUCGCCAAGACAUCCACUUUGGGCGGCGUUGUGCUUGGCUCUGCGGCUGCAGCCGGUUCAGCCAUCUACAAGGUGUUGUUCAAGAAGCUGAUCGGGGAAGCGAGUUUCACGCAGGUGGCGCUGUUCUUCAGCCUCAUCAGCCUGGUGAAUGCCGUGCUGUUUUGGCCGUUGCCGCUGGCGUUGCACGUGACCCGUGUCGAGACGUGGAAUUGGGCGCAUAUUCCCUGGGUUCCACUGACUCUGGCCGGGUCUUUGUCUCUGGUCGCCAAUCUGCUCGGAAACCUGGGGAUCCUGCUCACGUACGACGUGUUCAUCACGCUUGGACUGCUCAUCGCCAUUCCGAUCUCAGCAGUGUGUGACACACUCUGGUACGGACUGGCCUUCAAGGGCAUGAAGCUCGGUGGAUUGAUACUAAUUGGGAUGGGCUUCCUGCUCGUUCUCCUGCCGGACGACUGGCCCGACUACGUCACUCUGCUCAUCAGGUAUGUCGAUCGUGAGGAGCUGUAUAUAGGGAAGAGAAGAUUUAAAGACGGAUCGAUGAACGACGACGACGACGACGACAUCGAUCUCGAUGUCGAUGUCGAUGUCCAUGUUGAAGGCAUCGUUUCACCGUCACUUAUUAUAUGUGCUUUGGCUAUAUAG